CGUGUCCCUACGCCCGCCCGUGCAAGACGUCGUUCUUCCCGUCUUUCACGCGUGUAUAUCAUGAUGUCCUCGCAGCCAUCGCCAACGAGCACGUUGCAUGAUCCUGUCCACAUACAUCCCCAUCUGGAAGAGGAUCUUAGACAAGAAUACGAGCUCCGCGCAGAGGAGUAUGGCGGAGACGAUCCUCGGGAGCCCCCAUCCAAAGAGCAGGGUGCCAUCCCUGUCCCCGAGCAGGUCGCCACACCAGAUCCGAACAAGGUCGCUUGGGAUGGUCCCGACGAUCCCGCAAACCCUCAGAACUGGUCGAACAGGAAGAAGUGGGCGGUCACUUGCUUGUGUGUGCUUAUGACCGUGAACGUGACAUUUGCGUCUUCCGCGCCGUCAGCUGCAGGAUCUUUCAUCGCAAGGGAGUUUGGUGUUAGUACCGAGGUUGGCUAUCUCGUCACCUCGAUUUUCCUUUGCGGAUACGUCGUCGGCCCUCUCUUGUGGGGCCCCGGCUCAGAGCUCUACGGCCGUCGAAUCAUCUUCCGCUUCUGCCUCGCCAUCUAUGUCAUUCUCCAUCUUGGUCAGGCGCUCGCGCACAAUAUGCAAACGAUCCUCGUCACCCGCUUCCUUACCGGUGUGUUCGCAUGUGCCCCUUUGACAAUCGCCGGAGGUGUCAUUGUCGACAUCUGGGAUCCCGUUACCCGUGGUACCGCUACGGCGAUCUUCUCGGCCGGUGUGUUCGUAGGUCCCGUACUUGGCCCUAUCGCUGGAGGAUUCUUGACAAUGAGUACCCUCGGGUGGCGUUGGGUCUUUUGGGUCAUGAUGAUCUUCGCGGGUGCCUGUACCAUUCUGGCCUACCUCUUCCUGCCCGAAACGUACGCCCCUGUCCUCCUCCAGUGGAAGGCACAGAAGUUGCGGAAGGUCGACCCCGUACAGAACGCCAAGGUCUACGCCGAGCACGAGCGAUCGGACUGGUCCCUGCGCGGUAUCAUUCAUCGUACUGUAUACCGUCCGAUCCAGAUGCUUAUCCGCGAGCCGAUCCUCCUGCUCGUCACCAUCUACCUGUCUCUCGUCUAUGGCGUCCUAUACGCAAUGUUCGAAGCCAUCCCCGUCAUCUUCAUUACCACCCGCGGCUUCAACAUCGGCGAGUCCGGCCUCGUCUUCAUUGGAGUCGGCCUCGGCACCUCCAUCGGCGCCUACCUCACCAUCCCUCUCUCCAAGCACUACCCCGCACUCAUGGUGAAGUGGCGCGGCUUCCCGCCCCCGGAGGAGCGCCUCUACGGCGCGAUGAUUGGGGGGCCCAUGCUUGUCAUCGGCGCGUUCUGGCUCGGGUGGACCGGCCAGUAUUCCAGUAUACACUGGAUCGUGCCCGCGCUCUCCACGGUGCCAAUAGGCGCGGCCGUGUCGCUCGUGUUCAACUCGUUCCUGGCGUAUCUCGUCGACACGUACCUGCAGUACGCCGCGUCCGCGUUCUCGGCGAACACGAUCAUCCGCUCGUGCGUGGGCGCGGCGUUCCCGCUCUUCACCGUGCAGAUGUUCCGCGGCCUCGGCAUCAACUGGGCGUGCACGCUCAUCGGGCUGUGUGCGCUGCUCCUUGCCCCCAGCCCGUUCCUGUUCUACAAGUAUGGGACGUGGGUGCGGGCGAAGUCGAAGUUCUCGCCGUGUCUCGAUCUUGCGAUUGCGAAGGAGAUUGCCGCAGAGGAAGCCGCUGCCACGGAGAAGGGUGCGCAACAGGCGUAGUGCCCUUCCGUCUCUCGCCUUCGUCUCGUUCUCCUAGCAUCUGGAUACCGGACUUGCGCAGGUCCCUUCGACUCCGUCACGCCUUGUACAUAAGUUAUUCUCUUCGGUACCCUUCGAGUCUCAGCCUAGGUCUUUUGGGGUUCGGUGGCUCGCCUGCAUGCCUUCCACGACGGACUUCGAAUCGCUUUUCUUCAUAGACGACACGCUAAUCGCUGUAUCCACUAGCAUUCCAUACUAGUAGUGACUUCCACAUGCAUCUACUACAUGUUCGCUUGCAUAUCAGGCAAUCUUCUCUGCUUUUUCACGUCUUUCUUAAUCUCACGACCCGAACUUCAUGCCUUAGAGAUACGUAGUGCCAGCAAUACACAUUCUUCACCCCAUGCUACGCGA